AUGGUAGACCUUCUUCUUGAUGUUCAAAGUUUAGUUAGUCUUUUGCAAGGCACUGCACCCCUCAACGAGCAAAAGGAUCCGAAUGUUCGUUUUGCCGAAAGUGUUAACCUCCAAAAGUAUAUUUCCAAGUCUUACAGAGGAGAUAUAUUGCCCCUCAACAAAAACACGCAACGCAUGUUACGUUUGGAAGAAAUCAAAGGCCAACUACCCUCGAAAAGUAGAGUGGAGGAUGUUGACGCUCUUAUUCAAAGGUUGAAUAACAAUACCGUUAAUGAGCAGGAGAACUAUCCGACCGGAAUGGUGAUCCAACUAGUGACACGAUUGUUGGUGUAUUCGUUACAAUUUCGAAGAUGUAUGUCUUCUGUACCAACCGAUCGUCUUAAUUCGGCCGUCGUCGCUAUAUCCGAUUAUAAAAACGCUCAGCUGGACCUUUCGAAUCCUUUCACAACUUUGGAUUGGGGAGUUUUGACAAACGAAUUUUUGGAAAGGGCUCAAAAUGUAUUGAGAUUAUCUGUGAACCCUUACAGCAAUCCGACUGACGACCUAAAAGCUAUUCUUAUAGGAGCUUCACCUUUUCUAGUUUCUGGUGGCGCGAUACAACCACUGGAUGCUGAAGUUACAUAUGUAGAAAAUCUCUAUCGUCAAGCGGCUGGACAAUUCAA